AUGCUUAAUAUGGUUCGUCGGCAACGCCCUUCUCGCCCAUUUAAUAAACGGAGACACUUUAUCCAUUUUUCCUUCUAUUUAUUCUAUCUAUCCGUUUCAGAUUGUCAAUUAUCUAUCUAUCUAUCUAUCUAUCUAUCUAUCUAUCUAUCUAUCUAUCUAUCUAUCUAUCUAUCUAUCUCAGUCGGCUCAUAUCUAUCUAUCUAUCUCAAUCUUCUAUCCAUAGUCACGACUAUAAUCAACUGUCUAUCCCAAUUAUCUAUCUAUCUAUCUAUCUAUCUAUCUAUCUAUCUAUCUAUCUAUCUAUCUAUCUAUCUAUCUCAGUCUCUUUUGAUAUCUGUGUAUCUCAGUCCCAGUUUGUAUCUAUCUAUCUAUCUAUCUAUCUAUCUAUCUAUCUAUCUAUCUAUCUAUCUAUCUAUCUAUCUAUCUAUCUGUUUCAGGUUGUCCGUUAUCUAUCUAUCUAUCUAUCUAUCUAUCUAUCUAUCUAUCUCAGUCCCCGUUUGUAUGUAUGUAUGUAUGUAUGUAUGUAUCUAUGUAUCUCAGUUUUUUUUUCUAUCUAUCUAUCUAUCUAUCUAUCUAUCUAUCUAUCUAUCUAUCUAUCUAUCUAUCUUAAUCUCUGAUAAUGUUUAUCUCUGUCUAUUCAUAUCUAUCUAUCUAUCUAUCUAUCUAUCUAUCUAUCUAUCUGUUUCAGGUUGUUCGUUAUCUAAAAAAUAUCUAUCUAUCUAUCUAUCUAUCUAUCUAUCUAUCUAUCUAUCUAUCUCAGUCUGUUCAUAUUUAUGUCCGCCUUUUCAUAUCUAUCUAUCUAUCUAUCUAUCUAUCUAUCUAUCUAUCUCAGUCUGUUCGGGGUGCGAUGCGUGA